AUGUCGGUCCCCUACCUACUCAACAGUGCCAAAGGCCAUAUCCCCGCGUCAGAGAAGAUACCGGUGAUUGCCAGGCCUUUCGUGAGCGAACGGGCUAAGAAGACGUUAGAUCUGGUCGAGAAAUUCGUCGAGGAAGAAUGUAUUCCCGCCGACGCCGUCUUCAGACAACAGAUCGGCGAAGGCACCGUCAACCGCUUCGACUCGCAUCCCAGAGUCAUUGAGGAUCUGAAAGUCAAGGCCAGGAAGCUGGGCCUGUGGAACAUGUUCCUGCCCAAGAACCAUUUCAAGGAGGGCGCCGGCUUCAGUAACCUCGAGUACGGCCUGAUGGCCGAGUAUCUGGGAAAGAGCUUCACCGCCAGCGAGGCCACCAACUGUGCCGCGCCGGACACGGGCAACAUGGAGGUCUUUGCCAAGUACGGCACCGAAGAGCAGAAGAAGAAGUGGCUGGUGCCGUUGUUGAACGGCGAGAUCCGGUCGGCUUUCCUCAUGACCGAGCCGCAAGUCGCCAGCAGUGAUGCCACCAAUAUCGAGCUGGACAUUAAAAAGGAUGGAGACUACUAUGUUCUGAACGGACAGAAAUGGUGGUCCAGCGGCGCCGGGGACAGACGCUGCAAGAUCUACAUUGCCCUGGGCAAGACGGACCCAACCAACCCGAACGUCUACAAACAACAGUCCGUCGUGCUCGUACCCGCCGACACGCCCGGCAUCACCAUCAAGCGAAUGCUGUCUGUCAUUGGAUUUGACGACGCCCCUCACGGACACGGUCACGUCAUCUUCGACAAUGUCAGAGUCCACAAGAGCAACUUAAUUCUAGGCGAAGGCCGUGGGUUCGAGGUGAUCCAAGGCCGGCUGGGUCCAGGCAGGAUCCACCACGCCAUGAGAUCCGUAGGCGCGGCCGAGAAAGCCCUGGAGUUGUUCCUGGCACGGAUCAACGAUCCCGCGAAGAAACCGUUCGGCAAGCAGCUCUACGAGCACGGAAUCAUGCUGGAGCGCGUGGCCAAAUCGCGCAUCGAAAUCGACUCGGCCCGUCUGUCCGUGCUGAACGCCGCCAUUAAGAUCGACCAGUCCAACGCCAAAGACGCCCUGAAGGAGAUCGCCGAGGUCAAGAUCCAAGUCCCCAAUAUGCUGCUGGACGUGCUCGACCGGGCCAUCCAGGCUUACGGCGGUGCCGGGGUGUCUCAGGACACGCCGCUGGCGAACAUGUGGGCCAGCGGUCGAACUAUGAGGAUUGUUGACGGGCCAGAUGAAGUCCAUAUGCUGCAACUCGGUCGGAAUGAGAACAAGCGUGGGCCGGCGUUGUUGAAACGGAUCCAGGCGCAGAAAGAGAAAACUCGAGAGCUGCUCCGGCACUAUGGUCUGGAGGAGAGGGAUCCCUUGCAGCUGAACCGCGUGAGCGGAGGGCAGUCCAAGUUGUAA